AGAUCGAGUUCUUCACUCUUCAGAAAUCAAAACCCUCGGCCCUCCUCGUCGCCUCUUCCUCUUCCGCUUCCGCUAUCCAACGAUAUAUAGAUCGUGUUGAGAUUCUGAUCCUGAAAAUGGUUUUAGAAGAUGAGAAUGUGGCCUCAGUUGGAAGACCUUGGUCCAACCUUGCAACACAUGUUCUUGAGUUGAUUUCAUCUCAGCUCUCUCCAUCUGAUCGUCCCCACUUUGCUUUGACUUGCAAGCACUGGAAUUCAGCUGUUGGUCCUACUUAUCCUGCUGAUAUAUGUCCACUUUUGCUAAACUGUCCAAGAUGGGGUUCUAAUGUGAUCCGGUACUACAGUCCUUAUUUCAACAAGAAUUUUGAACUAGAUUGUCCCUUUGACUUGUCUGGUGCCACAUUAUGUUCUUCAAGCAAUAGGUGGGUGAUGUUAGGUUGGGAAAAUAAGAUUAUGUUAGCUGACCCUAUCACUGGCAUCUCACAUGAGGUACCAUUGGAGGAGGUAAUUCUUUUCUCUCAAUAUGGUUUUUUUUGGGAUCCGACUACUUCGAAAUUCCAAAUCUUCGGCAUUAGUAACGGUGGCUAUGAAGAUGUUGAUAUUGGUAUUUUUGAUGGCGAAAGUUGGUUCUGGUCUACAUACGAGAGUGGUCUACCAUUCUUUCUGUCUUCACACUCUAAUCCAGUUUUGUGUCGAGGCAAUUUUUAUUGCCUAGGAUCAGGAGGAGAGUUGGGAGUGUACAAUCUAGAAGAGGAUACUUGGACAGUUCUAAUGACUAAGCCUAACAAGUUCAGUUAUGAAGAAUGCUACCUACUUGAGUCAGAGGGAGAGCUCUUUUCGGUACUCAUUGGAAAGUACGGAUUACCUCUUCAUGUUCUUCGUCUUGAUGAAUGCGAGAUGAUGUGGGAAAAGGUUGAAAAAUUAGAGGGGCGAAAUCUUUUCUUGGGAUCACUCACAUCAGUUUCUAGUAAUAGUACCACACUGGAAAGCAUGGAAAAUAAAGUGUUUUUUCCAAGGUUUCAUGGUGAUGUUGAAGUCAUUCGCGCAGAAGUAAAGUACUCUAGUGGCCGCGCAUUUUUUGUACCGAAGAUGAAUGGAGAGAACAAGAGAAAAGAUGAAUCUAAUAUAUGUUGGUACUCAUUAGCAGAUGACAAAUUUCAUCUCAAAUAUUUUGUGUCCAAAAAAUACGUGAACAGCAUAUGGAUUGAUCCUAUAGUUGCAAGUGAUUAAACCUGAUGGCAGCCUUUUUAUUUUUCGAUACCUUUAGGACAGGUUUGCUAUAGAAUCUAAAAGCUUGGAAUGUGAACAAUUACGAAAUAGUUUUUACCAGCCAUUUCAAUUU